AUGAACGCCACCUUCUUCACCUUCUUCCUCUUAUCCUUCCUCGCCCUCACCUUCGCUCAACCCUCCUCUCCUCCUCCUCCACCUUCCACCACCCCAAUCCCCCCUUCAACCGCCUGCAACUCCACCCCCGACCCCUCCUUCUGCCGUACCGUCCUCCCCCCCACCGGCUCCCAACCCCUCACCUCCUACGGCCGCUUCUCCCUCGCCAAAUCCCUUACCAACGCCUACAAAUUCCUCUCCCUCAUCGACCGCUACCUCACCCGCCGCUCCUCCCUCCCCGAACCCACGGCUCGGGCUCUCGAUGACUGCCAUCUCUUCGCUGGCCUCAACAUCGACUUCCUCACCUCCGCCGGCUCCACCCUCAACUCCACCUCAUCCACUCUCCUCGACCCCCAAGCCGAUCAGCUCCAAACACUCCUCUCCGCGCUUCUUACUAACCAGCAGACUUGCCUUGAUGGCCUGAAAGAUGCGGAUAAGGCCAAUGCAGCCGCCGGCGUUCUCACCCCUUCGAUUGUGAAUGGAACCAAGCUUUAUAGCGUCUCACUCGCGCUCUUCACAAAGGCUUGGGUGCCUAAUCGGAAGUUUAAAAAUCCGACAUUGGCAAAGCAUUUAGCUGCUAAGGUGCUUCAUCCCCCGCCGGUGAAAGGCCAAAGGAAGCUGCUUUUUCAUGAGGUUGAGAUCGGCAGUGACGGUACUUUGCCGUUGAGGACGUCGGAGAAGGACCGGGCCAUGAUUGAGGGCCGGUUGGGCCGGCGGUUGUUACAGUCGUCCGGCUCUGUUCAAAUCAGCGCAACCGUGGUGGUGAGCCAAGAUGGGACGCAGAAUUUUACCACGAUUAGUGAUGCGGUGGCUUCAGCGCCUAAUAAUACAGAUGGCAGCAAUGGCUAUUAUUUGAUCCUUGUAAGCGCCGGCGUGUAUCAGGAAUAUGUGUCGGUGCCGAAGAACAAGCGUUACAUUAUGAUGAUCGGCGGCGGGAUUAAUCAGACGGUUGUGACCGGGAAUCAUAGCAACGUUGAUGGCUGGACCACCUUCAACUCUGCUACCUUCGCUGUAGUCGGCCAAGGCUUCGUAGCAAUAAACAUGACAUUCCAAAACACCGCCGGCGCCGUGAAACACCAGGCCGUCGCCGUCCGAAACGGCGCCGACCUCUCCACCUUCUACCUCUGCAGCUUCGAGGGCUAUCAAGACACUCUCUAUGCCCACUCCUUGCGCCAAUUCUACUCCCAAUGCCUCAUCUACGGCACCGUCGACUACAUCUUCGGCAACGCCGCCGUCGUCUUCCAGAACUGCAGUAUGUAUUCUAGACUUCCCUUGAAUGGCCAGCAGAACACCAUCACCGCUCAAGGCCGAACCGACCCGAACCAGAACACCGGAAUUUCAAUCCAAGGCGGAAAUUUCCUCGCCGCCGGCGAUCUCGGCUCGACUCGGACUUACCUCGGGCGGCCGUGGAAGCAGUAUUCGAGGACGGUGAUAAUGAGCGCGUUUAUGGGUGGGUUGAUUGACCCGGCGGGGUGGUUGCCGUGGGACGGGGACUUCGCGCUUAGUACGUUGUAUUAUGCUGAGUAUGAUAACAGCGGGCCGGGCUCAAAUACGACCGGGCGGGUCACUUGGGCUGGGUACCAUGUUUUGACUAACAGUUCGCAGGCAGUAAAUUAUACGGUGAGCAACUUUAUAUUGGGUGAUAAUUGGUUGCCGCAGACGGGCGUCCCGUAUACGAGCGGGCUGGUUUGAGGAAUUGGUGGUGAUUUAUUGGUGUUUUAUGAUUUUCUGUUACUGUUGUAAAAGAUGUAGUGAAAUUCAUUUUUUUAUAGAGGUGAAGAAAUUGAGAAAUAUUGCUUGUAUUUUGUUA